AUGAACAUGAGCCAGGCGGCCGUGCACCCUGUGGAGGCGCCGCCUCUGCAGACGGAGGGUGCGGGGAACUUUCCGCUGCCGCGCGUGAGGAUGAGGGAUCUUCAGGGGAUGCCGGGGACAGUCGGCGGCCUGGCGUUGCGCGUGGCGCAGCUCGUGUUCGCAGUCGUGGCCCUAACGGUGAUGGCAACCACCAGUGACUUCCCUUCCGUCACUGCCUUCUGCUACCUCGUUGCUGCUGCUGGUUUUCAGAGCCUGUGGAGUCUUGUUUUAGCAAUUCUUGAUGCUUAUGCACUUCUUGUCGGACGUCGUUUGCAGAAUCCUCGAGUCGUUAGUUUAUUUGCUGUAGGUGAUGGGGUAACUUCUACCCUAACAUUUGCUGCUGCCUGUGCAUCUGCUGGCAUUACUGUUCUAAUCGGAAACGAUUUGGGGUCGUGUGAUAGAAAUCAUUGCACAGAAUUCGAAACAGCUACAGCCAUGGCCUUCCUGAGUUGGUUCGCUUCACUGCCUUCUUUUCUGUUGAAUUUCUGGUCUUUGGCAUCAAGAUGA